CAGGUCUAGCAGCUGUCCGGCCCCCUCCUCUCCCCGAAACGUGUUGGGGCUGCUGCUCAGAGUCUAUGUUUUUAGCUCGCUCCUUAUACAAGAUGUCGGGACACAAUCCUUUGUUGAGGCUGGAGCAGCGAGCAGCUGAGGCUGACCAGCUCAUCGAAUACUUGAAGCAACAAGUCCAGCUGCUAAAGGAGAAAGCCAUCAUCCAGGCCAGUGUCAGAGAAGAGAAGAAGCUGAUGGUGGAGAAUGCCAAACUCAAGAACGACAUUGAGGAACUAAAAAAACAGCUGCUGGAAAAAGAGAAGAAGAGGGGAGUGCUUGAUGUGGCCAUGCCAUUGGCUGACAAUGGUGUCGAGUGCAUCUCUAAGCCCUCUGCUCCAAAACCCUCUGGACCAGCACCCUCUGCCUCCCCUGCUGCUGUCCAGAGCCCUCCUCCCAAAGAUGAGGGGAAAAAGAAGAAGCCAGAGAAAAAAGGAGGGGAGAAAGCAGAGAAGAAGCAGGCGGCCCCCAGCCAAGAGGAUGCCAAGGUGGACGUGUCUCGUCUGGACUUGCGUGUUGGACGUAUAAUCACAGCUGAAAAGCACCCAGAUGCCGACAGUCUGUACGUGGAGCAGGUCGAUGUGGGAGAGGCUUCUCCAAGGACAGUGGUCAGUGGGCUGGUCAAGCACAUACCUCUGGACCAGAUGCAAAACCGCAUGGCAGUCCUGCUGUGUAACCUGAAGCCAGCCAAGAUGAGAGGAGUCGUGUCCCAGGCAAUGGUCAUGUGCGCCAGCUCACCAGACAAAGUUGAAAUCCUCGAUCCCCCAAGUGGAGCAGUACCAGGGGACAGACUUACUUUCCAGGGCUUCCCAGGUGAGCCAGACAAAGAGCUGAACCCCAAGAAGAAGGUGUGGGAGCAGGUCCAGCCAGAUCUACGCACAGACGACCAGUGUGUUGCAACCUACAAGGGAGCUGCCUUUGAAGUCGCCGGCAAGGGAGUGUGCAAAGCCCAAACCAUGAGCAACAGUGGAAUCAAAUAAAAUAACAGAGCUGCUUGAAAUAGCGCAGUGUUUACUUGGCAAUCAUCUGCAGUGACGCCGAUGAUGGUGUUGAGAAACAGAAGGGUGAUGAAUGGAAGUAAAUGCUUUGAAGACGUUCAAUAAAGGGAUUUGAAAAUAA